AUGGUCUCAGUUCAGAGCUGCACCAGGAGGAAUAUGGCUGGCGCUCCUCCUGCUUUACCGGGCUUCGGGAACUCGGGAAAGAGUUUUCUUAUCGACAAUCUGCUGCAGUCACAGACACCUUCAGCCCGUCCGGAAGGGACAGUCGGUGGAAACCUGAGACUAACAGGGUGUGAACGUCCAAGGAGAACCUGGGGUUCUGAGCACGGAGCCUACCACAGCCAGGCCCACAGACCCCAGCAGGUGAAAAAUUUAGGAGGACCACUUCUGCCACACUCAGGUGUACUGAGCAGCGUUUUCCUGCGGAGCCCUCAGUAUCUGCUGGCAUGCUGUGGUGGGUCCAGCCCCCCUCCUGUCUUCUCCAAGGGAACAAACAUUCGAAUGUGGUCUGCUGAUAUAAGCCCGAAACUACGCAGAGGGAUCCUGAGGAGGGCUGUGUUCUCUGAAGAACAACGGAAGGAGCUGGAGAGAACUUUUCGUAGACAGAAAUACAUCAGCAAGACAGACCGGAACAAACUGGCAGCUGAUCUCAGUCUCAAGGAGUCACAGGUGAAGAUCUGGUUCCAGAACCGCCGAAUGAAGUGGAGGAACUGUAAGGAGAAGGAGGUUCAUAACGCUCGCUCCCCAAUGGAUGAGCUCAUGGCCCAAGGUCUCGCUCAGGAAGAUGAAGAAACAUCACGGAAUCACACCAUUGCAAAAACAGAGAGAUCACCAUCACAGAACAGUGUCAGAGACACAUGA